AUGGCUAUGCAGCCCGUCGGGGGAGUGCAGACAUAUUCUCCGGCUCAGGACUAUACAAAGUAUAAGCGUUGGAACCUAGUUGGCUUCCUCGAGAUAACAAGACUCACUGGAAACUUGAUAUCUGGAAAGAUACCUGAUUUCCUCGGCAAUUUGACCAACCUUAUAACUUUAGAUAUUGAAGGCACUUCGAUGGAGGGACCUAUUCCAUCUAGCUUAUCCAAUUUGAUAAAUUUGGAAUAUUUGGGAAUUUCAGAUCUCAACACAAGAAGUAUUAGAUUCCCAAACUUGACAAAAUUGGAUAAUUUGACCUAUUUGGUACUCAGGAAUUGCUCAAUUACUGGUCCAAUCCCGAAUUUCGUGGGAAACUUUGAAAACUUGAAGAUCUUAGACCUGAGUUACAAUCAGUUGAGUGGUCAAAUUCCAGAUUCGAUGCAAACCAUGCCAAAACCUAACUACUUGUUUCUUACGAACAACUCAUUAUCUGGAAUGUUACCAAGUUGGAUAUUAAAGACUAACAACAAGCAUUACGUCGACGUGUCUUAUAACAAUUUUAGUGGGUCAUCUGACCCAUUCCCAACGAGUUGCCAACAGCCAAAUGUGAACCUUGCGGCUAGCUACUUUUCAGCAGAAACCAGCUCAGUGCCUUGGUGCUUGAGGAGGAACCUUCCUUGUUCCACUACGCCGCAAUAUAAUAAUUUUUCCAUCAAUUGCGGUGGAAACAAGACGAGCAUCUCAAAUAUUGAAUACGAUGAGGAUAUUUCUCCCGGAGGCCAUUCCACUUUCUUUACAAAUGGGGAAAAGUGGGCUUACAGUAGUACAGGUGUUUUUCUUUUUACUGAUAGUGCCAACUUCUUGGCAAUGGAAACAUCCAAUCCUAAUGUAACGGGCAUUUAUAGAACAGCUCGCUUAGCUCCUUUAUCACUUAAGUACUAUAGCCUUUGCAUGCUACAAGGAAGUUACAGAGUGAAGCUUCACUUUGCUGAGAUCGUGUUUGCCAACGAUGAAACUUUUAGCAACAAUGGCAGACGCGUUUUUGAUGUUGCAAUUCAGGGAGAUGUAAAACUCAAGGACUUCAACAUUGAGGCCGAAGCCGGAGGUGCUGGCAAGGAGAUAACUAAAGAGUUUGUUGUUUAUGUUCAUGGCAGCACGCUCGAGAUCUCCUUGUACUGGUCUGGUAGAGGAACAACGAUAUCUCCUCAUAGAGGCGUUCAUGGACCUCUUAUCUCUGGGAUCACAGUCACGCCUAACCUCGAAAUUAGCAAAAAAUUGUCAGCUGGAGUCAUUGUUGGAAUUGUGCUUGCCUCAUGUGCUCUUAUUACAGCAGUCCUUGUAUAUCUCUGGAUGAGGGGUGGAAGAGACCAGGAGGAUAAUGGAACCCGAAGGCUUGCUACCUUAAUCAACUUAUUUGCUAGCAAAUCGACCACUUCCUUCUCAUACUAUACCUUGAGGCAGAUUAAAAUGGCAACAGAAGAAUUUCAUGACAAAAAUAAAAUCGGUGAAGGAGGCUUUGGGCCUGUAUUCAAGGGUGUACUACCAAAUGGUAAAUUGAUUGCCGUCAAGCAACUUUCUUCCAAGUCGAAGCAAGGAAAUCGGGAAUUUGUGAAUGAGAUAGGCAUGAUCUCUGCUAUACAACACCCAAAUCUAGUAAAGCUUUAUGGGUGUUGUAUUGAAGGAAAAGAGUUGUUGCUUGUAUACGAGUACAUGGAAAACAAUUGUCUCGCCCAUGCAUUAUUUGGUAAGGAGAAUAAAAAGUUGCAUUUAGAUUGGCAAACAAGAAAGAGUUUAUGCUUAGGAAUCGCAAGAGGAUUAUCAUAUCUACACGAGGAGUCAAGAAUCAAAAUUGUUCAUAGAGACAUUAAAGCAACCAAUGUGUUACUUGAUAAGGCGUUGAACCCUAAAAUUUCAGACUUUGGUCUGGCAAAACUGAAUGAAGAGGAAAAUACUCAUAUAAGCACGAGAAUUGCUGGAACUAUAGGUUAUAUGGCCCCUGAAUACGCAAUGAGAGGAUAUCUCACGGAUAAGGCAGAUGUAUACAGCUUUGGAGUUGUCGUACUUGAGAUUGUGAGUGGAACUAGCAACACAAGCUACAAACCCAAGGAAGAGUUUGUUUACCUUCUUGAUUGGGCUUAUAUGUGACAACAGCAAGGAAACCUAUUAGAGCUUGUGGAUUCAACUCUAGGAUCAAGUUACUGCAAUGAAGAAGCAUUGAGGUUGCUAAACAUAGCUUUAGUUUGUACUAAUGCAUCUCCUAAUCUUAGACCUUCAAUGUCUUCAAUUAUAAGUAUGAUUGAAGGCCACACCCCUGUUCAAGCAUCCAUGGAAAAACGUAUUGGAACAAAUGAUGAAUCAAGGUUCAAAGCUUUUAGGAGAAUGUCACAACAAGACAGUCAAACUCAUGUCUCUGAGAGCUCUUCGUCGAGUCAUGUGCAAAGGAGCAUGUCGAUAGAUGAUCAAUGGAAGCAUUCCUCAAAUUCCAUGCAAAGCAAGGAUGAAUUUGGUGAAAGUUCACCCUCAUCAUUGAAGUUACUUUCAGAUUUAUCAAUGUAAAUCAAUAGUAACGCACAACUACUAUAGUUUUUCGACCCGUGUAAUGCACAUGCUAUAAUAUAUAAUGGCAUCUAGUAUUUUGGCUCGCGCGAUAUCCUGAUAGUUGAAGUUAUCAAAUAUUAUUAUUUAAAAAUUUCAUGAUUGA